AUGUCGACCGUUAAUGUUUUGAGAUACUCUGCGUUGGGUUUAGGGUUAUUUUUCGGUUUUAGAAAUGAUAUGAUUUUGAAGUGUAAUGCUAAGAAGAAAGAGGAACAAUCACAGUAUGAGGAGAAGUUGAGAUUAGUAGAGGAGGCGAAGAAGGAAUACGCCAAGUUACAUCCUGUGGCAACUCCUAAGGACGCCCCUGCAAACACAUCGUUUAAUUUGGAAGAUCCUAAUAUUGAUUUUGAAAAAGUUAUUCUUAAUACCGUUGAAUCCUUGAAGGAAACUUCAACAUAA